AUGAAAACCGGCGCAUUCUCGGAACCUGACCAUGUCCGAUUGAAUCCCAGGUCGGAGAACUGGACAACGGAGUGCGUUUACUGGGACGAGACCGCGAGCAACUGGUCGACGAAUGGAUGCGAACGCUUGGAGCUGAACGAGACCUUCACCCGGUGCUCCUGCAAUCACCUCACGAAUUUUGCCGUUCUCCUCGACAUGAGAGGCAGCACCGAUUCCUCUUCCUCUGAGCUCCCGUGGCAGGGGAUUCGGCUUCGAACCCGACCCGUUUAUUUGUUUAUUUGCACUCUCGUCUCAGGAUAUGGGACGAUUCGGGAGACGGGAAGACCUCCGGCGGUGAAGCCCGAACCCGUGAAUAUCAUCCUGCGGACGUUGACGAUCCUGGGAAGCUCCAUAUCGAUCGUGUGCCUCGUCCUGAGCGCCAUGGUAUUCGCGACGGUGCGAGGAAUCCAGCCGGAACGCGCGACGGUGCACUUGAACCUGUCCAUCUGCCUCUUGUUGUCGCAAGUGAUCCUCCUGGCCGGAUUGGAUCGCACCGAAAACGAAACCGGAUGCGGGAUCGUCGCUGGGCUCCUCCACUUCUGGCUCCUCGCUUCCUUCGCGUGGAUGCUCGUCGAGGGCGUCCAGAUCUACCUCCUCCUGUACAAGGUAUUCGGAACGGGAAGUAGCAGCGUCCUGCCUUACGCCCUGUUCGCAUAUGGCGUCCCGAUGGGGAUCGUGAUCGUGACGGCGAGCGUUACUCAAGGCACCGUCUACGGCACAAAGAACUACUGCUGGCUGUCCCUGGAUGACGGGGGGAUCUGGGCGUUUGCGGGGCCUGCUGCCAUCAUCCUCCUCGGGGAAAGUAGACGAGUCAGGAACAAAAAAGGCAAGGGGAGGUUAAAAGAGGAGAGUGAAAGACGUGGAGCUGAAACAAAGGGCUUCUGGCUCUCGGGCCAGAAGCCUUUCGUCAGGCGAGGACAAAAUACCCAUCCACCCCCUCCGCGGCAUUCUCAGUGGCCGCCGCUCUGA